AUGGCUUCAACGUCGGCGGCAACUCCGCUGAAGAACAAGCGAAAGUUUGAAAAUGGGAAAAAGAAGCCAAAAACGCUGAAAGACGAGUUUGGCGAGAAGCUCGACAUCAAACCGGUGAUAGUUCCUCCAAAGCCUGCAGACGAGUAUGAUUAUGAUUCUUCUGACGAGGAGGAUCUGCGAAACACGAUUGGAAACAUUCCAAUUAAAUGGUACGAUGAUGAGGAUCACAUUGGAUAUGACAAGUUUGGAGAGAAAAUCGCAAAACCCGCGAAGAAAGGAGAAAUCGAGACUUUCCUGGAGAAGAUGGAAGAUCCAGAUUACUGGCGAAAAGUGUUCGACAAGCAAACUGGCACUGAUGUGAAGCUUACCGAUGAGCAAAUCGAAAAAAUCCACAAUAUCGCGACCGGAAAGUACCCAACAAUCGGCUACAACCCAUACGAGCCGUUCCUCGACAUUUUCUCCUCCCAAAAAGAAAUCCAUCCAAUCGAUAAUCGUCCAGAACCUAAAUCCAGAUUUAUCCCAUCUAAAGAUGAAAUGCGAAUGGUGUCCCGUAUGGUCCACGCCAUCAAAAUGGGCUGGGCUAAGGGGCCGCGAGCCAAGAAGGAAGAGCACAAAUCCUAUGAUCUCUGGGCUUCUGAGGAUGCUCUUGACAAUGUGACAAAGUCCCAGCUCUCCAGAAUGCGUGUGCACAUGCCGGCUCCGAAGGUGGCUCUGCCGACGCACGCCGAGUCCUAUAACCCGCCGGAGGAGUACAUUUUCGACGAUGAGGAGCGCAAGAAGUGGGAAGAAGCUGAAAAAGAGGAUCGUGUGCUCAACUUCAUGCCAUCCAAGUAUGAUGCUCUCCGCAAAGUUCCACAAUACGACAAAUUCAUCACCGAGCGAUUCGAGCGAUGUCUGGACUUGUACCUGGCGCCACGUCAGCGAAAAAUGCGAAUCCACGCGGAUCCGACGGAUUUAUUGCCGGAUUUGCCGAAUCCUAAUGAUCUACGCCCGUUCCCGACUACUCUUGCUUUUUACAUGCGUGGUCACACCGGCCAAGUCCGUGCAAUCACCGUGGAGCCCGAGCGCGGGGAGCUUCUGGCUAGCGGCGGAGAAGACGGAACCGUCCGUAUCUGGAUGAUCGCCACCGGCCGCUGCAUCAAAACCUUCCAAAUGGACGGAGAAGUCACCUCGGUCUCGUUCAGCCCAGUCGCCGACCGUACCUUGCUCGCCGUCGCCUACGAGGGCAAAUACGUGGCAAUUCUGAACACUGGCUGCGGAGAUCGGCUUCACGUCCAGCAGACCGAAGCGUUGCUCGCCGAGACACCAACCGAUGCUCAGGAGGACGGAGCAGUCGUGACGUGGAGAAAGUCGAAGGAGAAGCUGAUGCUGAAGAUGCCGAACGAGGUGCGACAAGUGACGUGGCACUCGAAGGGAGAUUAUUUUGCCAGCGUGGCAAUCGAUGACAUCGCAAAGUCGGUCUACGUGCAUCAGCUGAGCAAGGCAAAAUCGCAGUGCCCAUUCCAAAAACGCAAGGGACACGUGCAGGCGGUCACUUUCCACCCGACACAAGCCCGGCUCUUCGUGGCCACGAAAAUCCACGUCAGAGAGUACGAUCUGGCUCGUUGUGUGCUCGUCAAGAAGCUGAUCACAGGAUGCAAGCACAUCUCCACCAUGGCAACCGAUGCGAACGGUGAGAAUCUGUUCCUCGGAGGACUGGAUCGACGCUUCUGUUGGAUGGAUCUGCAAAUGGGCAACAAGCCGUGGAAGAAGCUGAAACAUCAUACCGCGGCCGUGAGAAGUGUCGCCUAUCAUAAGAAGUAUCCGUUGUUGGCGACAGUGUCGGAUGAUGGAACUGCGAUGGUUUAUUAUGCGAGAAUUUAUACGGAUUUUGUGAAGGAUAAUGAGCUUUAUCCGGUCAAGAGGCUCCGGGCUCAUGAGAAGACUCCCAACGACCUGUGCAUGCUUCACACCACGUGGCACCCCACCCAGCCAUGGCUCAUCACCGCCGGAGCCGACGGAACAAUUGCUCUUUUCACAUAUUAGGGCACCCGGCUCACCUCGUUGUUCUUUGUUUUUAUUUGUUACACCUUCGUUUUCUUUUGUUAUUAUAAUGUUCGUUUUUUUGGAAAUUCUUUAAAAAAACUGUUUUUACUGGAAUGUUUUAUUUGAAACCUAAUUGUCAAGUCAAAACUUUCAAGAUUGUCACAUUUUCACGGCCUCUCUCAAUUUCAAAAAAAAUAUUUAUUCCCCGUGAGAAAAUGUCUCUGCGUCUCUCACGUGCGAGAGAGUAUGUUUUUCGAACCGUUAUUGCACUGAAAACUAAAAAUAAACCAUAAACGAAAGGUUUCAGUCAAAAUC